AUGACACUUUUUUCUUCAAUCUCAUCAAUUUCAAAUCCAAUGACAAGUUCAAAAUCCAGUAUAGCAUCAUUUGGUAGUGGAACAAGUAUGGGUUCAAAUUCAAUUGCAUGUGGUGGUGGUUGUGGUGGUGGAAGUGGUGGUAUUCUUGGUUUAGGUUUAGGAUUAGGAUUAAAUUUAUUUGGAGGUUCUAGAGGUGCUUGUGGUGGUAAUAGUGGAUCUGGUAAUCCUGGUAAUGGCCCAUGUUCUGGUGGUAAAUGUUGUGGAGGUCCAUGUUGUGGAAUUUAA